GAACAAAACUUUUUUGCCUGCCAUUAGUAAAUCGUCACCAUCACCAACAAUUCCAUUCCGUCAUCACAUUCGCCCAGCAUGGCGCAAUCCAAGUCGGCCAAACGCAAGAGGAACGCUCAGGCGCAGCAGAAUCAGCCAAACAAAUCCAAUAAAACCGCCGCCAAUGCCCUGCCCUCACCGCCCUCCAACGGCGCCUCGACGCCUACCUUCGAGCCAAAAUCCCUGCAGACCGUCAUCUCUGAUGAGGAAUUAGAAAUCACAGUAGAGACGCUACAGACACUCGCACAAUAUCCCAACCUUACCAAAUCAAAACUCUGCAAAGAUCUCCGAGCAGCCGUAUAUGACUUUCGUCAGUCGUGCACUACAGGUCUCGCCGCAGCUGAAGGUGCAAACUUGACCGCCCGUGUUACUGCAGCCAUUACCGAUGAAAAAUACCUCGAUGCCAAAAUCCUCCUUGCCGAAAUGCGCCUCCGUGGCGAGGAACCCAAACUCGGUGCCCUCUGCCGCUGGGUGCGCGACCUCGAUGUUGUCACCAGACCAAAUGGAACCAACUUUGACGACGAAGAGCGCAGCAUCAAGGAACAGGAACUCGUCAACGUUCUGGAUGCGGUCCUCAGAGUUAGCUGCCCGGUAGAUGCCAACAUUGGCCCUGGCAUUGGUGCACCGCGCCACUUUGCCUAUCAAGAGACUUGGAACAUGCGGCCAUCAUCAGAACCUCUCCAAAUCUGGGAGUCUGUCAAGGACAAGUCUAUUCUCUCAUAUGCGCCAAAGAACCCCGAAACAGCCCUGCGCAUCCUCGAGACAAUUCCCGGCCUUCAAAGAAAACCGCCAAAUGAGCACCCCGCCAUUCUAUACACAACAUCCCCCAACGCCGUCGCUCUCUCACCCGAAAAGCGCGAUAUUACUUUCCAUAAACACCCUCACGUUCCCAACCUUGGCAUUGCCAUGAAUGCCCUCUCUGUUGAUGAAUGCCGAUCCAUCAUUGCGGCCGGCGAAAGUGUCGGCUUCAUUCCCGACACGCCGAUUCGUGAGGGUGGUGACAACAGCGUCCUGGCACACAACUUCUACUGGAUCGUCGACACCCAACUCCACGACCUUCUGUGGGCUCGUAUGGCGCCAUUUGUACCCGCCUCUGUCAAUGGGCGUUUAGCCCGCGGUAUCAACAGACGCUUCCGAGUGUAUCGCUACGUCCCUGGUGCCGAAUACAGAUGCCACAUUGACGGAGCUUGGCCGCCAUCCGGCAUUCGCCCCGACGACACAUAUGUGUAUGAUGACUCGCCUGUCGACAAGAAGCAGAGUUCACUAUUUACGUUUUUGCUCUACCUCAACGACGAAUUCGAAGGCGGCGAAACUACAUUCUUCCUCCCUGCCGCUCGUGAAGGCACAUUAAACGCAUAUCCCGUCCGUCCUGUCAUGGGAGCCAUUGCAGUCUUUCCUCACGGUGAGAGCAAAGGUGCUCUACUGCACGAAGGAACAAGCGUUACCAAGGGAGCCAAGUAUAUCAUCCGAACGGACAUUGAGUACGACGUUGAGCCAUCAGAGGUGGCGUAAAAAUUCUAGCCCUCUCUCUCUUUGUCCAUCUGCUCAGGAGUAUCAUUUUUAUUUUCAUGGGAGCACGGCGUCGGCAUGUUUUACACUUAUGAGUAACAAGAUUGAAAUGUACAAAAUAGUAUUCAAAUUUACAAGACGCAUCUUUUGUGAAAGAUUUCAUGCUAGGUAUAAUAAAAUCAAAACAUAAAAGCAAGGCUCGCUCCAAUAUCAACGCUUGAAAUAUAGCAGCUCCAAGUAACGGGCAGGAAUAUAUGCCAUAGCCGUUACCACAAAUGUAAGCUCAUUUGCAACAUCGCCUCCAGAACUUCCAAUCACCGCAGCCAAAGGACCCGUGAACCAAGUCUGCUUCAUGCCCAUCACCCAAGCAACAACGCCGAGGAGAAAGGCGACAGCCGCUCCAAUGCCAUGUGGGAGUCUCUUGGGAUCAUUCCAGCCGUCCAAAUCAUAAUUGUCAAAGCUGCCCUUGCGGAAGAUGAAGUGUUCCUCAAACAAGAUGACGGCGUAGCUGGUGCACCAGUAUCCCAAGAGACUCAAAAAGUUUUGCAGAUACGCAUUGAGUUCUUCACGCCCGCCGACAGCCAGAGCCAAGAUGCAAACAAAGGACACCAGCGUCCAGAUAAAGCGCGGGACCUGGGCAAGCGGCUUAGCCAGUUGUUGGAACGAGAGCGCGGCACUGUAGAUGCUCAACACAUUAGUGUUGAUGCCGGACAAAACAAGCACCGCCAGCAAAAACUUGGCAAAGCCGUCCGGGUACAGCACCGCAUCAAUUGCAUAGCCUAGGCCACGAUCAUAGGCCGCACUCCAAUCCGGCUGCUUGUCGAGCGUCGAUGCCACGACGCAGCCAGCAACCAUGCCGAUUGCAGUGGGGAUAGCAAUGCCAAAAGUAGUCAUGAGGAACACCUUGACUCUGCUGACAUUGGCCGGAUAAUGGACGUAGUAGUCACUCGCAAUGACCGCCCACGACGCGCUCGAGCCGUACACGAUCGCCAUGAAGCUGAGCACAGCACCAGCAAGAUCCGCCCCCUCAAGCGGCUUCACUGGAUCCGCAGUGUUUGCAUAUCCGCCCGUCUCUCCAAAAAUGAUGAGGAAAAUCACUAGGAAAAUAACCCACGCAAAACGCUCAUACACAAGAAUCGCAUUCAAACCAAUCAGCGAGAUGAUCAGCGCGACUACCGCCAGAAUGACAAUACCCAGAAUCAGCGACACCCGCCCAUCCGACACCGCCGUCAGCGCCAACCCGCCCGUAAUGCACGACACAGCCGACCAUCCCAUCUGCUGAAUGCAGUUGAGCAGGGCAAUCAUACCGCUAGGCCACCAACCAAAGCUGAAUCGGCCAGCGCUGAUCUGGCGCAACCCCGUCGCGGCGCCAAACGUAGCGCAAUAGCCGGUCGUUGCGCCGCCGAGGAUAGACAUGAAGAUAGUGAUUAGGAUAGACUGCUUCAGGCUGAGGCCAAACUGCCAUCCCAAGAAGCCCGUCGCAAAGCACGACGUGUUCAUGGUGCCCGAUGCCCAGAGGAGCGCCAUGUUGAGUUCCUCCGUCCACGGCACGGGCUUCUUGUCCUCGGCGCGCUUGCGCACAAUGGCCUCAGACUCGACGCCGAGUUUGCGGUCCAUGCGCGCUUCGAAGUUGCGCAUCUGCGCGAGGAUGCCAGUUGAUUGUCUGGGCGCAU